CGAGCACGUGAUAUGCUUUGACUUGGGCGUGUUGGCUGUCGAGUCCUGCGUACGGUUACCGGUUACAGUGAUUUGGGGCUUACCCGUAACGACGACUUGUUUUCCAUGACUUCGACUUUUGAAAGGCUGCCACCAUUACUAUCUUUCCUUUCUACCAUCCAUAUCCUCUCUAUCUGAAACUUUUGGCUUUGCUGACAUGGCGGAAACCGUAUCCGGCGACCCUGACGUCAACCGAGGCAGUACCGGCGCUAGCGCGACCUGGAAUCGUCUACGUCGUAAACGCUGUUCGAAUCUCACGAUAAACGUUCAGAGCGCGAUGGGAUGGCGGCCUCAAUCUCAAGCUUUUCAGGAACGAACGAAUUCGGUGGGUUUCUCACCUUACCCACCGGUCAGAUCGUCUUCAUACACCCCAGACCCUACCUACACGUUCGGAGUACCUACCCAGACCAACUUCAGCGAUACCGGUGUCACCACUCCUGCCACUGGCAGUGGCAGCGCGAGCUACACCGAUUUCAGUGGUCCUCGUAUUCUACAUCAAUCAGCGGGCUCAUCGCCACCUUCAUCUCACAUUCGAACCACCCUCCAACCAUACUCUGUUCCGUCGUCUUUCUCCAACCCUCGUUCUCCACAAAUGCCCAGAACCUCUGUUUCAUCUCGUGCAAUGUCUCACUCGUUUUCGUUGACUCCGACGGUCGCAGAAUCGGACUACCAAUCUGUAGCUGUUUCCUUACCACACAUACCCAUAUCACAUCUACGUUCCAACUCUUCUAAAUUUCCGUCUGGUGUUCCAUCAAACUCUCCCUUCCGCUCCUCCUCAAUUCCGAAAUAUAACUCAAAACAGACUCAACUUCCACCCCUCACUGCUUUCUUACCACCUCCCAACCUUCCACGGUCCCAUCACAUUCACGAUGACAUGUCAGUGCCUAUGACAACGACAACGACCAUGUCUAAACGUCAACGUCGCUAUACACUUGCAGAAGCCUCACUCUCAACAAGCCUUUCCCAGCUGCUCCUCCUCCAAACCCGCCUUCAUUCUCCGACCUACAUCCGACAACGCGAAAUAGGCGGAUUGAAAAAGGCUAUAGCAGCGGUUGACGAACGCAUCAAUGAGGAACGUGUGUUACUCGAACCUUUGAAAGAGAUGAUGAAAGAGGGGAAUGAAGUGGAUUUAGAUGAAUAUAGGGAGAGAAGGAAUGAGAGGUGGAGGAUCGGGAAACGGUUGGAGGCGCUGGAAGGGGGGAGGAAGAGGUUGGAGGAGAGGUUGAAAGUGCUUUCGUCUUCCAUUUCGGUGGAUCCAAAGGUAUGCGAACCAAGUCAAGCGCAUAGUCAAGCCAUCGAGAAAUCCCGAAUGGAUCGGAAUUUGCGGAGGUUCCUUUCAGAGACGACGUCCACUACGAGGGCCGCGUUCCCUGCUGGUGCAGGGCAUCAGGGUAAUCACUACCGUCGUCACUCUGACUGUCGCCAUGGCCAGCCGUUUGUCCCUGUCGUUACUGCUGGUACGCGACCAAGGAGGAUGACGAUGAACAAUGUGGAACCGAUGAAGCUUCGGAGAUUGUCAGUUGAAGAGACGUUCGUGGAGGCGAUGAAGGGAUUUGCGAAGGGUGUUGCUGUGUUAGGUGUACGACCGGUGACAAGCCGCAAAUGCGAAGUAGAACUGGAAGGGGAGGGAGAGAAACCAAUAAGUGCUCGGGAAUGCGAGAGUUUCCGGAGGUCGACACUUACCGAUGGAAUGGCACCCUUAUUGACAUCCGUCGUGGAAGACGAGGAUGAAGGUGUCGUCAUGGGUGCUGGUGUAUCCGAACUCGGACGCCACAGCGACAUUGAACGCGGAAGGAACCUAGACCUAGACGAGUUAAGCUCAAGUACGAGUUCGAUUUCUGACAUGGACGAUGGUGCAGACGACUCGGACGACCCCCCAACUUCCCCUGACACUGGAACCGCAUUAAUAUUCCGACACCACCUCUUACCACCAGAAAUCUCAAUGGAUGAUCCCAAUAUCGAAUUUGAGAUUCCCACAUAUGCUCGAGAUCUGUUUAACCGGUUCGAUAAGGAACGAGGAGAGGUCGACGUCGGUUUCAGUUUGACUUUGGCUUCCGCAUCCAGCCCGAAUCUAACGGCUUCAGCUUUGGCUGCGCAUGAGAAAACACCGAGAGUCCUGCGGCGUUUUGGGAAAGGUUUAGGUGAUAGACAUUCUAGUCCGUCGAAGCAGAUUGGACAUGGGAUACUUAUGCCUCGACCGUCGUUGGUUCUCGAUGUUCCUCGAGGUCAACUGGCUGAGAAGUCGAGUGUAGAAUCGCAAAAGUCGAUGUCACCCAAGACUCAGUCUCGACCUGUAUCAACCAUUGACUCCCUCACGAGUCGGGCACCGGGAGGUCGUAGUCGUGUUAGCUUUGUAGAGUCGAAUUUAGAGUCGGGAGGGGUGGAUAAGCUGCCCGUUUCAGAAUCGGGGUUACCUGUUGGGAGGAGGUUGAGGAGGAAGUUGUCGAAAAGGAUAUUCGGAAGGUGGUAAAGGAACAUCCUACGGCCUUGUUGGUAAUUUCUCUCUUCGUGGACCUCCGCCUCAGUUCCACAUUCAUGUCACCCCUCCCUUUGUUUCAUAUCAUUUCCUGGAAUUUCUUUUGGUUGUUCAAUAGAAACCCCAUCUUCUAGCACCUUUUUAUGAUUUCCACUGCAUUCACAUCUCGAUCUCGGACAUAUCUGCAUCUACCAUAUUCCAAAUUUCUAAACGCCUGCAUUUUCGUUUGCUGUGUUCAUAUUUUCCCUACUUACUGCAUUCCUCCCUUCGACUGUGGACUACAUCGUAAUUGUAUAUUACUUAUGCUUAUGGGGUAUCAUAUCGUUUGCAACCUUGUUAUCAUUGUACGUACACAUCGUUUUCGUAAAUUUGCACUCUACUACACGAAGUACUGAAG